AUGGAGAAGUACCAGGUGCUGGGCCUGGUGGGAGAAGGCAGCUACGGGGUGGUAACCAAAUGCCGCAACAAGGAGAACGGGCAGAUCGUCGCCGUCAAGAAAUUCCUGGAUAGCGACGACGACGAGAUGGUGAGGAAGAUCGCCUUGAGGGAGAUCAAGAUGCUGAAGCAACUCAGGCAUGAGAAUCUCGUGAACCUGCUGGAAGUGUGUAAAAGGAAGAAGCGGUGGUUUUUGGUGUUUGAGUUUGUGGAUCACACGCUGCUCCAUGACCUCGAGGCGUUUCCAAACGGACUAGACUACGGCAGGGUUCGGAACUACUUAUUUCAGAUUCUCAGUGGAGUAGCCUUUUGUCACAGUCAUAAUAUAAUCCAUCGGGAUAUUAAGCCAGAGAACAUCCUAGUUUCCCAGUCAGGAGUUGUAAAACUCUGCGACUUUGGAUUUGCCCGUACCUUAACAACUUCUGAGGAACCUUACACGGACUACGUGGCCACCCGAUGGUACAGAGCUCCAGAGCUGCUCGUGGGAGAUACCAAGUAUGGCAAGGCUGUGGACGUGUGGGCUAUUGGCACUCUGAUAGUAGAAAUGCUCACAGGAGAGCCCCUCUUCCAGGGAGAUUCAGACAUUGACCAGCUCUACCAGAUCAUCGCGUGCCUGGGUAAUUUAAUUCUGAGACACCAGGAGUUAUUCUAUAGAAAUCCCCUCUUUGCUGACAUGUGGUUGCCUGAAGUGAAGGAGCCCGAACCUCUGGAGAAACGAUAUCCCGAGCUCUCUGCUACAGCGCUAGAUUUAACCAAGAAAUGUUUGCAGAUUGAUCCAGACAAGAGACCGUCCUGUGCAGAGCUUUUGCAGAGCAGUUUCUUUACCAAGGAUGGAUUUGCCGAAAGACUUACUCAGGAGCUUAAAGUAAAGAAUCAGAAAGAUGCCAGAGACAAUCAACUGCCACAAAACUCAAAACUCAUCAAAAGGGACAAAGAUGAUGUUUUAGAAGAAAGAAAAAUGCUUGAUGUCCAGGAUUUCAGCAUUGACCCAAAGAGCAGAGACGCAAAGCUCUUGAAGGCGAAGCGCUCUGAAGCUGAUGCAGAGAAAGCAGAGCGACGCUCCACCCUGAGCUCCUUCUACGACGGGGUCAUCAACCCGUUUAAAAUAACCUCUCAAACCAGCCUGAAAGACUCCAACAGCAACUUGAGCUAUGCCAAGAAUAGAGGCAUCGUUAUCCCUCCCAUCAACCACAAUUUUAAUCCCACUGUGGUUGGGAUGACUCCUGUGCCUGGGAACCGUAAUUACAGAGCUGAUGAGAAGACUAAAAAGUACUUGAACCCGUUUCUAAAGCAACAGAAGCGUUCUCCCGCAGGAUAUCACAGCAUAAGCUUGACAUCCGUUACUAAUGAGAAAAACAUCCUUCAGGCAAAUAAGAAAAAAUGGGAUUUUUCCAAGGCAGAUGUGCAUUUGCCAGAACUAAAUCACCUCCCUGAACUGAGAGGAGUGGAAGGUACGACGUGGCAUGCCAGGUUUCCCAAAAUGGAAAAUAAAACCGUUUCGGUGUCCCGUGUCCCUUCCCUUGCUGCUAUCGACCUCCAGAAGCGAAGUCUGGCCUCACGACAGCUCUCAGGGUCCUUGUUGCCCGAUGCCUCAAAAGCCGGCUUCCCCCGAGUUGAUCACUAA